GAACGGCGACGUGUCAACUGAUUGUACGCGUUGCAUAGCCAACAACAUCAAUUAAAUUCGAUUGCCUACUUCCAAACUUUAUCUCCGUAAAGUUAGUCUUCUCUACGGCGUUGCAGAUCGGAAUAUUUAUAACUUAAAAUGCCAGCUUCUCCGAGCUCUACUUCUGUGGGGUCUGGUGGACGUUCACCAAGUAAAUCGUCUGCAGUCCCAAGAUCUUCAAGCGGCGGUACAGUACGACAACGCAAAUCUACUACUACUACUACGGCUGCUCGAAAUAGAAGCACGGGUGCAGGCUCGGGUGGUAUGUGGCGCUUCUACACCGACGAUUCUCCUGGCGUUAAAGUAGGUCCAGUCCCAGUAUUGGUAAUGUCUCUCCUGUUCAUUGCAUCGGUGUUCAUGCUUCAUAUUUGGGGAAAAUAUACUAGAGCAUAAAUUUUAAUUAAUUAAUGUUUUUUAAUUUUAAUGAAAGAGAAUUUAAGAUCAUGAGAGGGGUAUGCUGAGAUAAAUUAUGUAAUCUUAUUCUUAAAUAAAUAUAAGUUUUUAUUUA